AUGGAGAAGCGGGCCUGUGGUGCCUGGGGGAGGGAUGGGGGAGGGGCGCCGCCCAUCCCCGGUGACGUCAUCAUCUUCCACCCCGUCGCGGGCGUCGGCAACAGGAGCAUAUUUGGGGACGACGUCUUCAUCAAGAGGGUGGUGGCGGUGGAGGGGGACACGGUGGAGGUCAAGAACGGCACCCUGUACGUCAACGGCAACGCGCGCGUGGAGCCCUUCAUCAACGAGAAGCCGGCCUACGUCCUGAACCGCCUGGUGGUGCCGCCUGGCGACAUUUUUGUUAUGGGCGACAACCGCAACAACAGCUACGACUCGCACGUGUGGGGCCCCCUGCCGACAGAGAACAUCGUGGCGCGCGCGGUCUGGAAAUACUGGCCGCCGCAAAAGAUCGGCCCUCUGGUGGACUACACUGGGCUGGCCGCAGAGUCUGCGGGCAAGAUUGAUGCAGCAGCGGCGCCGGCGCCGGCGCUUAGCGUCAGCAGCAGCAGCAGCAGCAGCAGCAGCAGCAGCAGCAUCGUCGGGAAGGAGUUGGUUGGCAGCGACCAGGAGGAGGCCAGCAGAAGCGGGCUCGAGGCAGUGGCGGUGGCGGCUGAGUACGCUGUAGCCGCCCUGGAGUACCUGGACCCCAAGGCCCCCAACGCCGUGCAGCUGCUGGGCAGCCGCCUAGUGGUGUGGCUGGACAAGGACGGCCAGUGGCGCUGCUUCGAGGACCUGUGCCCCCACAGGCUGGCGCCGCUUUCGGAGGGCCGAAUCCAUGAGUCGGGGCAGCUGCAGUGCACCUACCACGGCUGGCGCUGGGACGCGAGCGGCGCGUGCACCUCCAUCCCGCAGAUCCCCGACGAGAAGGCGCACGCGGUGGCCACGGCCAGCCCGCGGGCGUGCGUCAAGAACUACCCCACGCAGGUGCGAGGGCUGGGCGCAUGCAAGGGCGCGCAGUGGGACUGGGCAGCAGGAGGCUGGGGGGACUGGAGGACCGAGAUCGGGGUCGGCGGGUGCUGA